AUGCAUAAUGAAUCCCUCCGUGCUCAACAUGGUAUUUGGAGAACCUCAAUUACAAUGCAGGUAAGUACCUUUGUAUAACUUUCAUUUUACUUCCGGCUUCGCUGAUGGUGGGAAAUCUGUCAGUAUGAAUAUAUAAACACUAUGUCUGCCGUUCUGAAAGCAUUCAAUUUAUAUAAAUUAAAACAAAAGAUUUCUUUCUCAACGGAAACUUGCAUUAAUCAUCCUCAGAAAGGUAUUACUGAAGAGGAAAACAUUGUUGUGACUGUCAAUAUUCCACACAAGUACCUAGAACAAUUGUAUGACUUGAAGCAAGAUGGUAAGUUAACUGGCCUGUUGUACAUCGAGGUUUUGAAUGCAUUUAUAUCACAGAAUGCCAUGGAGAUAAAGCUAGACUGCGAAAUAAUUAAUAGUACAAUACGUAUAUAUUGUGGGGAGACUAAAAACAAAAGGUUGCGAGGCCAUGUAAGAACAGAGUACUUGGCGAAAUCAAAAUGCAUUUCUCUUUAGGAGAAGGAAAUUGCCAGGGUGUCCGAGGCGAAGAAUGAGCUAGAAACUGCAAAGGCAGUUUGUGAUACCUUGUCCAAAGAGAAAGACAAUUCAAAUGAGCAAUGCGAGAUACUAUCGAAAGAGUUGUGUACAUUGCAAGGAGCCAAGAAAGAGACUGAAUGA